AUCCUUCUCGUGAAGAACAAUGUCUGGACGUGGCAAAGGAGGCAAAGGGCUAGGAAAGGGAGGAGCCAAACGACAUCGCAAGGUCCUUCGAGAUAAUAUCCAAGGAAUCACCAAGCCAGCAAUUCGGCGUUUGGCUCGCAGGGGUGGAGUGAAGCGUAUCAGUGGUCUGAUCUAUGAAGAAACCCGUGGAGUACUCAAGAUUUUCCUUGAAAAUGUGAUUAGAGACGCAGUGACCUACACAGAACACGCUCGCCGGAAGACUGUUACAGCCAUGGAUGUGGUGUAUGCAUUGAAGAGGCAGGGCAGAACCCUUUAUGGGUUUGGUGGUUAAGAGGGUUUUGAUUGUGAUUGCAAGUCUUGCUGUCAAGAAAUUGUGUACUUUUUGGGUAGAUGUUUAGAUGGGAAGAUAGUGGUUUUUGGGUUGGGGAUUAUUGUAAGUAAUCUGAUGGGUUAAUGGCCAAUGGGUAUGCUUUUGGUUUUGUUGUUUUGGGUUCUGCUGUGACCACGGUGAAUUUGGACUGAAAUGAAAAUGGUGGUGUAAACCAAUUUAAUCU